UUUUCUUGGGUUUAGAGAGACAAGGAAGAGGAGGCGUGAAGGGUUAGAGGUGAGGGGACGCGAAGGAAGAAAUAGAGAAGCCUCCCCUCUUUGCAUUCUAACCCUGUAUCUCUCUCCCUUGUAUCUCUCGACAUCCGCCUUCAGAGGCUUUUCCCACAAUUCCCCUCCCGAUCCUCCCUCUUUUUGGCUGUUUUUGCUACUCUCUCGCGUCUUUUCGUUUCGAAUCGAGCUUGCCGGCAUCUAGGGUUCCUGAUAUCGUCGUAGAGAUUUAUAAUAAACUAUUGGUACUUCUAUGUUUUAAGUAGAAUUUAUUGCUAUGGAGGGCUUUGGAGGCUCUGGAUUCAAUUAUGUGAGUGCUGUAAUGAAGAAGCAGAGGAGUGCUACUUCAAGGCGGCCUCGGCCUGAGGUACAACUGAUUAUGGAGAAUCACGAUAUGUCAUAUCCUUUAAACAAUUCAAGAAAAAAUUCUCCUGAUGAGAAUGGAGAAAGUGAUGCUGGAUUCCGGAGGAAAGAGGUUUAUGUAAACAACCGUCUUCCAAGGAGGUCAUCUGUUAACAAAACUAGAGAUAAAACAUCUUCAAAGAAGGUUAAGAGGGAUGACAAGACAUCUGGGGGUUUUGAUGAUGGUCGCUAUGGAAGUGGUUGUUCGGAAGGUGAGAAUGGACCUGAUUUGAAGCAUUGCAGUGAAAGUGCACUCACUCCAGGUAACUGGAAAAGCUCAGAUAAAAUUAAAGAGAGCUUUGAAAUGCAGUUAAAAUCUCCAGAUGGCUGCCUGGGCAGGAGUGGUGAUGGUCAUGAUAUGUAUCGGCCUGAGGGAGCUCAAAGUCUAUCGGCUGAGAACAAGCUGAGAAAGGUGAAACUCAAAGUUGGUGGAGUCACACACACGAUACAUGCAAGAUCCAAUUUAGAGGCUGGUAAUGGUGGCUCUUCUACAAAGCCUCCACGUUCUUCUGAUGCUUUUCGGCAUUAUCAAAAGCUUAGCCCUCAGGAUAUCUCUAAUGGUCAUUCACAAGAAAAGGGGAAUGGCUUUCAAGGAGAUGCGUGGAAGGAUUCCAGUGGAUUAAGAUUUUCUCGUGGGGCAAAGGAUGAUUCUCUGAGAGAAGGCAUACCAGGAAAGCAAACAGACAAGCUUCAUGGUAUAUCUGCUUCUGAACCUCUUCGUAGAAGCAAGAGGCUGCCUAAGAGACAUGUUAGGGAUGGUGCAUUUGAUGAUGGUGAGGAAGAUGCUGAGAUCUGCUGUGUCAAGAAUCAGAAAAUUGCCAAACUUUCAAAAAAGAGGAAUACACCAUGUGAGUUGGAUGAGAACUAUGCUAUAUCACGAUCAAACAAGGAGAGCAGGAAAAUGCCAAGAUCAGGAAGGGAAUCUAAUGAUGUAGAUUAUAUUGAAGAGGAAGAACCUGGUUCUGCUGGUGGCCCUGAGGCCAAGAGAAAGAAAGAGAAGACAUCCGUAGACUCACCACCUGAUGUCAGAACUGAGCCUCUUACGACACGCCAACGUGCGCUUCAAUCUUGGAAACGUGGCAAUGACGAGAGUGUGAUUGAGUUCCCAAAUGGGUUGCCCCCUGCUCCUUCAAGAAAGCAAAAGGAGAAGCUUUCAGACGUAGAGAUACAAGCAAAGAAAGCAGAAGCUGCUCAGAGACGUAGAUUGCAAGUAGAGAAGGCAGCUCGAGAAUCUGAGGCUGAUGCAAUCAGGAAAAUACUGGGCCUGGAUUCUGACAAGAGGAAGGAGGAAAAGAAGCAGAAAGAGCGAGAAGAAAAGGCUGCUAAAUCACAGGAAUUAGCAUUAAACAACAUCAGAUGGAUCAGGGAACCAACUGGCACAGUUGUUACAUUCCCUGAAGAUGUGGGCCUGCCGUGUAUAUUCAGCUCGAAGCCGUGCAGUUACCCACCUCCCCGAGAGAAGUGUGCUGGCCCGUCAUGUACAAAUGAAUACAAAUACCGGGAUUCAAAGUCUAAACUUCCAUUGUGCAGUCUGCAGUGUUAUAGAGCAGUUCAAGGAAAUGCUUAACCGUUAACAACAUGUUGAUGUUUCUUACCAUGUAGGUGUUCUGCUGUUUUAGGAGCAGGUAAUCUGACAAUUAUAGCCUAACCCCACCUCAAAGUAGAUGAUUUUUCCCAUUUUUUCUUUUUGUUAUUACAUGUGUUAAGCUGAUUGGAAUUCAGCUUAUAUGUUUAGUGAUGACAAAGAUAUCUGUCAUAUCCUUCUGUUUCUUUGUGAAAGUGUUUCCUUUUUCUCUCCCUUUUUUGCCCUGUAAGUUGCUUCAAUUUUUAAAUCAUAAGGAUAUAUCCUUUCCAGA